UUUUCUCCCCUAGAAAGAAAGAGUCCAAAAGUUGGGAAAAUAGAAAGAAAAGGAGAAGACUUUAGAAACCAAAUUAAUAAGCAGAUCGGAUCUUCAUGAAGAAAGUCAUGAUGAUGUCCCCUUUUUCCUCAUCUUGUAUAUUUCAUGGUCUUGCUAUUUUGGUUCUAAUUUGCUUAUUUCAUCCGUCAAAGGCAGUGCUAAAGCUGCCGCCAAACGUGACGGUCCCAGCACUUAUUGUCUUCGGAGAUUCCAUAAUGGACACAGGCAACAACAACAAUCUCAAGACUGUCGUCAAGUGCGAUUUCCCUCCUUAUGGCCAGGAUUUUGCGGGACGAAAACCUACCGGCAGGUUCGGCAACGGGAAAGUUCCUUCGGAUUUAAUAGUGGAAGAAUUGGGGAUUAAAGAGUACUUGCCGGCGUAUUUGGAUCCGAAUCUAAAUCCUAAAGAUUUGGCCACGGGGGUAUGCUUUGCUUCAGGUGGCUCAGGAUUUGAUCCCAUGACACCACAAAUAGUGUCAGUCCUAUCGUUCUCGGAUCAGCUACGAUUGUUCGAGGAAUACCUAGGAAAGCUCAAAGCAAAUGUUGGAAAAAGAAGGACAAAGUUCAUUUUGGAGAAUUCAAUAUUUCUUGUUGUAGCAGGCAGCGACGACAUUGCCAAUACCUAUUUCACCGUCCGCUUAAGAAAGUUGCAAUAUGAUGUUCCUGCUUACACAGACCUCAUGCUCAACUCAGCUUCUGAUUUCGUUAAGCAACUGUAUGGACUUGGGGCUAGAAGGAUUGGACUAUUUAGUACACCACCAAUUGGUUGUGUGCCGUCACAAAGAACAUUGGGCGGUGGACUACUUAGAGAUUGUGCAGAAGAAUACAAUGAAGCAGCACUCUUGUUCAACUCUAAACUCUCUGCCACGCUGGAUUCUCUCAAGCCUCAACUCCCAAACGGCAGGCUAGUCUACAUAGACAUUUACAACCCUCUUCUUGACCUCAUUGUCAACCAUAAAAAAUAUGGGUUCGAUUACGUGGACAAAGGAUGCUGUGGAACAGGAGCAAUAGAGGUGGCAAUACUGUGUAAUCCGUUGUCGCCGCCGUGCGAAAAUCCGGCUGGCCACAUCUUUUGGGAUAGUUACCAUCCCUCAGAUGCAGCAUACAAAUUCCUUGUUCCUACACUUCUUAAGAAAUAUGUCAAUGGCUUCAUCUGAGUCAACUUAUCUACGUAGUUGAUUACAUCUUUUGCUUGCCACCAAAUUGGUAGUGACGUGGUUUAAUUAUGUUUCUUACAUGCGGGCCUUAAGUGUAAUGGAAAUGUUUACAUUUUAUUCAUAAAUACGUUAUAUUAGAUGUUUUGUGUUUGCCUUUCGUUUUCGGCCUUAAAUUCUACAGUACUGAUACACACAAGUGUAGUGGAAAAUGUUUAAUUACGUAUAUUUUUUUAUA